UCAUUUACUAUUGGAAGCUGUUGAGAUUUCAUUUGUUUAUUAUAUGUUUUGUUCAUAAUCUAAUAGGUGCUCUCAUUUGUGUUUAUAUUUUGUAUUCAUUAUUACCCCUUGUUGUCCCUGUGAGCCAAACAAUCACAUUGUGACUUGUGUAUCAUGUGACCUGAUCAGUGAAUGACCAAUUGCACAUGUUUCUGUUCAAUACACAAUAAAAAGAGUGCCGGUCAGAGAGACGGGCUGAUUGUGAAACCGUUAUUCGUUGUCUGUGUGAGUCACUCUGCUAACAGGUUAUGGGCCCAGGAUCCAUAGUGUAAUAUUGUAGUGAGGUCGAGAAUAGAAAAGGCAAAAGGAAAGGCCUCAACGAAAGACAGGUCCGAGAGAAGUGUCUCGUUAUACGGUCAUGAGCAUAAGGUCGGAUACAGUGGUACCAAGGCACCGUUGGUCAAGACUGGUCUUUGACGGAGAUGAAAAGAAUUACGAGUUAUGGGAGACGAAGUUCUUGGGACACCUUUGUUUGCAAGGACUGAAAGGGACUAUAUUAAAUGAGAAUGCUGACGACGAGAACGACGAGACGAAUAAUGCGAAAGCCUAUGCGGAGCUGAUACAGUUUCUGGAUGACAAGAGUCUGUCGCUGGUCAUGCGGGAAGCAGCAGAUGACGGACGUAAGGCACUGAAGAUUCUACGGGAAUACUACGCUGGGAAAGGGAAGCCCAGGGUGAUAAACCUGUAUACAGAGCUCACUUCACUACAAAAGACGCCCACGGAGAGUGUCACAGAAUAUGUCAUCAGAGCUGAGACAGCGAUCACUGCUUUGAGAAACGCAGGUGAGGUUCUGAGCGAUGAGCUUUUGACAGCUAUGGUUCUGAAAGGACUUCCGGAAACGUUCAAGCCAUUCACAAUCCACGUUACCCAGGGCGACGACAAGAUGACCUUUGCUGAAUUUAAGACUAGGCUCCGGAGUUAUGAGGACAUUGAACACAUGCGGGCGACUACCCCUGAGGACAAUAUAAUGCAUGUAAGAGCACAGCAAGGACAGAGAUCCGCAUCAGCUGGGGCUGCGAGUGCUGACAUCGUUUGUUACAGGUGUGGCACAAAAGGACACCGAGCAAGGACAUGCCAGCGUAAACAGUGGUGCAGUCAAUGCAAAAGUACCACCCAUCGCGACGCAACCUGUAGGCGGAGAAAGCAGCAGGACAACGCAAGACAAGUGUCUGAGGAGACGAGAGACAGAGAAUAUGUGUUUCGGGCAAGCGACGCUGUGAUGUGGAGGCCUGAAGACAGGAGAAGACGCCUGAUGGUGGAUGCAGGUGCGACUUCACACAUCAUCACAGACAUCGCAAAGUUUAAGAAGUUUGACAGCAGUUUCCGGGCGGACACACACUGCGUGGAAUUGGCAGACGGCACGAGGUGCAACGGAGUCGCCAAACACAGAGGAGACGCAGCAGUAUGGCUGGCGGACAGCAGAGGAUUGCAUUCCAAAACUACAUUAAGAAACGCGCUAUAUAUCCCAACAUAUCCACAAGAUAUAUUCUCCGUGAAGGCAGCUACAUCGAAUGGAGCAACAGUGACCUUCAGAGAGGGGAUGAACGUUCUACUGCAUAAAGACGUUCAGGGCAAGAGGACACAGCAUACCAAAUCAACCAUACCUACUUAGUCUUCAUGACUGCAGCUGCAGGUAGCACAAAGUAAUGGCCAACGAAGUAGUGCCCUCUAUGUUUGGCUGAAACAUGUUUACUAACAAAACCUCAGGAUACUACCAUUUGACAGAGACACUCUGUCUUUCUGCUGUUCAUCUGCAACCCGAGAAACCAAGUCAUUAUCACAGAGAAUAUGUAGUGAUAAUCUUGUGUUACAUUGUCCCCAGCUCAGACACAUUAAUGACAAUGUGGAAAUGACACAGGGCCAGCUGUAGAGGAGCUAACCCUAAGAGGACAUGACCAAGAACAAGAUACAAAUAUUCUAACAUGGAAACUUCUACCAUUCACUGAUAAACAUACUCACCUAUCGCUUCUCGAGUUUCGGGAAAUCACAGGUUUUUAAUCACUAACCAUUUUACAUAUACCAUGUGUGAACACCACAUUCCAAAUGCUCUGAUGUCUUUCCGUGUAUAUUCAAUGUACAUUAGAAUGUUCUUUUUUAUGUACCUUUCAUAGGCAUAUUACACUCAUAUUAUACUUACAAUAUUCAAUGCUUCUAACCAUUAUAUUGUUCAUGUUCCCCAUUCUACACUCUUUGAAAUUGCUGCUAGUUUACAUUGUUAUAUUUGCUAUAUUUUUGAUUUUAAUAUUUCUUAAUCCUUGCUGCGUAGAUGUCGUGUGCCAUGUCACAAGAAUUUCAUUGUUCAGAAUUACGCUGUGUUAUUUGGUGCAUUUGA